ACCCGGAGGUCUCCUCCGCGGAGGAGGACCAUCAGGAUCAGUUUACCGGCAUCCCUCAGUCUGUGCGGUUACGUUCGGUAUUCGCGUUCAAUCCGUUGAAUCACGUGCGUCCUCGACAAAGGGUGAGAAAGAAUAAAGGGACAGGCAAUGUCGGCAUUAACGUUCCUCGAACGCAUUGCUGCAACGUCGUCAUCAAAUCGCUCUCGAGAUGUGUGAAACUCCUCCAGGAUUAUCACUGCAGCUAGAUCCAUGAUUGUGACAAAAUGGUGGAUUGGCAAAAGGCACUUCUAAUGGUGUUAUUGGCGCUUUUGAUCUAUCCAAACGAUAUAUUUGGCGGCGCUUUUCAACCCGAAUUCUCUGGUCCUAUCACCAAUCUAACCGUGCCACUCGGAAGGGACGCCACUUUCACGUGUCUGGUGAAACAUCUAGGAGGUUACAGGGUCGGUUGGGUGAAGGCGGACACGAAGGCGAUCCAGGCGAUACACGACCACGUGAUCACGCACAACCAGAGAGUGUCCGUGUCUCAUAGCGACCAUACUAUGUGGAACCUUCACAUCAAGGGCGUCCAGAAAGAGGACGGCGGCCUUUACAUGUGUCAGAUCAAUACGGAUCCCAUGAAGAGUCAGACAGGUAUGCUAUCCAUUGUUGUUCCACCUGAUUUUGAUCCCGAAGCAACAUCGAGCGACAUGAUGGUCGGAGAGGGCGGUCAGGUGAAGUUAACGUGCCGGGCGAGAGGCGUACCCGAGCCGCGCGUAUCCUGGCGCCGGGAAGACGGCAAGAACAUUAUAAUUCGGGAGCCAUUUGCAGGAAGCGCCCCGAACCAGAAGUCUUACGUGUCUUCCGUGACCGAAUUUCUCGGCGAGGAACUGAAGCUGACGAAGAUCUCGAGAAACGAAAUGGGGGUUUAUCUGUGCAUCGCCAGCAACGGGGUUCCGCCCGCGGUCAGCAAACGUAUUUAUAUCAACGUUCAUUUUCCACCAGUGAUUCACGUACCCAAUCAGCUGGUCGGCGCGCCCUUGGGGACCGACGUGGUCUUGGAAUGUUUCGUCGAGGCAUCCCCGAUGUCGAUUAAUUACUGGGUCAAGGACCCUAAGGGUGCGAUGAUAAUAUCUAGCGUCAGACACGAGGUCCAAGCGGUGACGAAGUCGCCAUUCGAGGUUCGGAUGGUCCUUACAAUCCGGAACCUGCAGAAAAACGAUGUGGGAACGUACCGAUGCGCGGCCAAAAAUUCCCUCGGCGAGGUUGAGAGUAGUAUUCGAUUAUACGAAAUUUCGGGGCCGGCGAAGACGCAAACGCCGGCGUUGCCGCCGUUCUAUGACGAAGAGGACGAGGUGGUGUACGGUUCGGCGGAGGUAGACAAAACGGAGAACAAGCUGCUGGUGGUAGAUAACACGAUUCACGGACACAUGGGUUAUCCGUCGCUCGCUACGCCAUCCUCCACGACUCGCGUCGGCAAGAAACGACCGAUUAACGCCGCCAAUUCGGCCGUCAAUUCUUAUCCACGACGAAUCUUCGUUCUGGUAUCGUCGCUGUUAUCGCUCCUAAUCGUUUGCCGAAGAUGGUGCUGGUGAUGAGAGACGAGAAAGAGCCGAGAAAUCCUGAAGAAUCCAGUCAGGGCAUCCGUCGUCAGUGCUCGCGAUCGCGCAUCGAUUUUCCGCGAUGACAUAAUUCGCUUUCGAAGAGGAAGCGUUGUUACAUGCGAUUAACACUCGAUGACCAUAAAAUCGAAGUUGUUUGUAUAGUAAGCUGCUGUGCUACUCCUGUGAAUUCCCCCUGAAAGAAAAGAAUAGAUAGAAUAGAUAUUCGAAAAAAUUCGGUGCUGUUGUCCAAAUGUAUUAUAUUUUAACCCUGACUGAUCAAUAUGAAGAAACCGCCAGGCCAGAUUCGUGUAAGAUAAAAGCUCGCAAGCUUCCAUCUUCAUUGGCUAUUCAGCAGCUUGCUCGGCUCUACGCGGCAAAAACAAUUUCGAAUGGGCUUAAGUCGCCGCCGCCGACGACGACGUAUCGUCUUCCCUGAGUGGCUUAUUCGUAAUUCGUAGACCUAAUCAAUGCAUGGGAAACUCGCAGAAGGGAUGAACCAGGGACUGAAGACGGGAACGUGCUUUGCGAGGUGAUAUUGAUCGUUAUACUUGGAUCGAAGAAUCGAUCGGUGAGUGCUAAGUUAAUUAAAUUCAGGGAUCGAAUACGGUAUAAUUUAACUCGGUUCUAUUUUCGAUAUACUUAUUAUAGUAUCAAAAUGGUGCCCUAGAUUUUUUACUCCCGUGCAAAAUUGAACAACGUGAUCCAGUACGAUACAUACGGCAGAAUGUCAAUGUUUUAUUUAAUCUCUGCGGUGAUUUGAGAAAAUAAAAUUAAUGCCAACAUCGAGCUAAAUAACGAUCUUUAAACGUAAAUUAUCAACUUCUUCUCUAUUUUAUUAUGUGAAGACAUACAUGUUAUCGAAUCAAAUUGCGAGUUCUCGAUUAAUUAAAAUUGAAAAGAAAUGCUGUAAUAAAAAGACGGAAACGAUGGACGCGAAAAAGAUAAGGAAGAAAACAAUGAUGCGAUAGUAGCUUAAAUUAAUCAGACAGGCGAAAUCAACGAUAAGAAGAAGAACAUAUCUCGAAGUGAAGAUAAUCCUGGAUAAUAUUCGCGCGGAUGGAAGAGUCAGAUGCGUAACUCCUCAGUUUCGGCGGCAAUAAAUCUGCGUGAUAUGUACAUAUUUAUGUGUAUCAUAUACAGGCACGCUCGCACGUGUAUAUGUGUGCAUACGUCAGGGUAAACUAACACAUUCGUGCCACUUUUCCCUAGCUCCCCGCUGCGCUCUCCGAUCGCGUGCGAGCGGCGUGGCGUUCCGUAGAUAGCCCUUGCGAUUACGCCAGUGUAAUAGGAUAUGUAUCGCGAGUUUAAAUGAGUAUUGAAAGCUUUAAAGGAGUUCGAGCCGGAAGUAGCAAGACGCCGUGUCUCGCGCCCGUCUUGGCGGACGCCCUCGAUCUCGGAACCAAUCGAUUGCGGAUGAACCCAAGUUCUUCGCCCCACACACACACGCCUCGAUCACGGACGUGCGAUCGUACCUGUCCCUUUUCGCAAACUUUCUUUUCUUUUCCACAAGGUUACCGUUCAGCCGAGAGAGAAUUUUCACUGCACUCUCGGUUAACAGUCCUCGACAGCAAAACUCUUCAGUCAACAUGGAAUUAAGUAUGUCUUCGAAGGAAACGUUUAAUGCUCCACUUUUUGAAUGCUAUUCUCCGUACCAAAACGCUCCCCGGUAGUAGUUGAGUAGAGAGUCGUUUUCAAUGAUUGUUCACUCGAGAGUUUUGCUUCCGAGAACGGCUCUCGAUAUUAGAACUUUCCUAUGGUUAAAAUAAAAUUGGACGAUAUUCGAAUAUUUACUCGAAAAUCCUAAUGGCAACUGCCGAUUGUGAAUUUAACAAAUUUGAAAGAGACAUUGCAUUUUUUUCUCGAGAAUCAGAU